AUGUCGAGCUGGAAUCCAUCGCAUCUCGCGGCGUCUAUAAUGUCUCAUAUACGACAUCACCCUAUACUCUUCACUUCUGCAAUUGCGAUCGUGCCGCUGGGGGCUUUGAUGCUGCCUUCUUACCGUGGCUUCAUCGAUCUUGGUCCCGGUGGCCUCCCACACAAUGUCGUUGGCUGGCUUCUCCAAGGCGCCCUGCGUCCAUUAGCCCUGAAUAACACCCGUGACCAGAGCCUCUUUCAGAAGCCUGGCAUUGCUUCUGCAUACGAGCCUCAUGGAACCACUCGGUUCCUGCAGGGCGAACUCUCGGCGCGCCGAGGCGAUAGACCGAUCAUACCGAAUUACGUGGCACCUCAGAGGCAGAAGACGGAAAAGGGUGAUGAAGCGCUUGUCAACAGAAUGAAUAGCCAUCUGAGAGACCUGGCAAGUCAUCGUCCCGAGACGCUGGCCGUGAAAGGAUCUGGCCUGGAAGCAAGAGAUAACCCGGCACUGUGGCUUGUCGGCACUCCCUUGCCCAAGUACCUGGCGAAAAGCACAAAGGGAGAGAUCGUUCACGUACACCCAGAAGCCAGCUCGCACAUGAUACUCAGCCUGAGUGACGCAGAAGAAGCGAUGGCAAAGGGCUGGGCUGAACUGCACCCGCUUAGCAGCGUCAUGGGAUACCUUCCGUUGCCGUAUGUCAUGGUGUAUGCGCCGCGAGAUGAGGAGGAAUAUGGAGUGUGGACGAGGUUUGUCGAUGCGGCUGUGGCUUUUACGACGGCAGAACUACAAUAG